AAUUAUAUUCAAUAAAAUCAACUUUUGCUAAUGCUGUUCUAUGUUUAUUUACUAAAACUAUAGGACUAAAAUUGAACAACUUUCACUCAUUGAUUUUACGACUCAACCACGUAUUUUUUUGAUCAGCGACAACACGCAAAACCAUAAUUUGCCUGUCGUGAAAAAUUUUUUAACACAUGGCAUAAUUGUUGGCAUAGCUAGCUCGAUUGCUCAAAACUGAACGUACCAUUUUUAAAAGCUUCUCAUUGAAUUUUUAACCACCAAGUUAUUUUGUAAAAUUUUUCAACUCUUUCAGUUAAAACUAGAUAGUUUUUCGGGACAGUAAAAAUGAAGUGCUCGGCUCCGCGAUUACUUUUAUGGCUCUCAUUCCUACUGGCGCUCGGAACUUUCUGUUUCACAGGCUUCGCCCAUAACAAGGGGUGGUUUGAUGUUCCCACCACUGGCAAGAGUCCCAGUAUCUCCAUGUGGCACGUCUGUUACGACGGAUUCUGGAGGGACUGCGAGCCAGUCAUGACUCAAGACGCCAAGUACAACUACGGAAUCGCAGUGAUGGUCACGCGUGUGCUGCUCAUCACCUCCAUGUUCUUUUCCCUCGCCCUGACUGUAAUGGGGGCCAUGACCCUCAUGGGCUCAUACAAACUCAUCGGGUACACCUACACGUUUCCAGUUGUGGCCCUAAUCACAGCUAUUCUGCUAAUGGUCGGUUGUGCCACUUUCGAGGGUGGAGUUCGUCUCAAAGUGUUGAACCAGAUUCUCAAAAUCAACGAGCAAGAUAUCCACUCGAGGACAUACAUCGCCGGUUUUUCGGCUUGGGGCGCAUUCGCCAUGUCGGCAAUCAACUGCGUCAUCAACGGACUGCUCUAUUUGAAGACAAGAUACGAGACUUACAUCUAAAUUGGCCGAAGUUUGCCAAGACGAAUCAUGAUAGUGAAGACUUCAAGUUUUUGUAUCUUACAGUGAACUCGUAUUUUUAUAAUAGGCUCUGCUGAUUAUUAAACCGUGAUUUUAGUGACUAUAAAAGCUUAAUUACCUAAAGUAGAUGUUAUCGACGAUUGCUUAACUAACUAUUAUGCAACUUGAAAAAAUUUCAAAAAACUUACGGUUUUAAUCGUUUUCCCAUUUUGAAGAUCUCCCCUUUUUUCCAUGGCUCAUUUUAAUCCAUAUAUAUGAAGCUCAAUAAAUAUGACAAAUUAUGACUUCAUGCCAUCAAAUAAAAACAAAAGAAGCUAAA